CUGCAUUAGCCAGACAGGAACUGCCGUCAGACAAUAGAAUAAGAACCAGUUGACAAACAAAAGGCAGAGAAAAGUGAUUUAUGUGAAAUAAUCCGGGAUUAGAGAGAAGAACCUACAAUGGAACAUUUAACGGCGGCGAUGGAGAGAAGUUAUUGGGGAUUCAGAAAUAAUACAGAGGAUCACUCGGCUGAAUUCUAUGUGGCACUGCGGUGGAUACAGUUUGUUAUGGUGGUUUUGAGUAUUGUCGGUUCAGGCUCCAUCAUUGGAUAUGCAGCAUUGCAGCAGUUGGUGAGGCAUGCAGAGAUUCGCCCGUUAUUCUACCUGAGUUUGUCUGACCUGAUGCUGGGUGUUUGUUGGCUGAUUGGUGUUUUACUCUACAGGGGGUCUCUCAAUGAUGGGAGCAUUACCUGCUACAACCUCCAAGUGAUAGGACAGGUGCUAUAUAUCUCAUCUUUUUGCUACACCUUGAACUAUACCUGGUGCCUGUACAGGGAUCUUAAGUCAAGAAUCCAUGCAGUGAUGAACAACACAUCUCGCCUGCCAACUGAAAGCAGUAGCAGACUGAGCAGGAUCGUAUUAAUCUUGUCCAGUUCGAUUCCUCUCCUCCUGAUGGUGCCUGUGUUUUGUGUUGGAAAUGGAUAUACCUGUUAUGCUAACCUCAGUAAUUUGUGCCUCCUCCUUCACACUGGAGUGCUGAAACCAAACAGUAGUUAUGUUAAUGCCCAUGAGAAUGCAUGUUAUAGUGUGUACCUGUACAGAACCAUCAUCCUCCUCAUUACCUUCUGUUUUACAUUACUUGGACUUGUGAUUCUUCUAAUUAAAACCCGGAUCCUCUAUAAGAAACUAGUAACUUUGACUGGAUUUCUCGGAGACCAGCAAUGGGCAAAGAUCAGCAUGAUUGAGAGGAGAAUCUUCCUCUAUCCCACAGCUUUUCUGUUCUGUUGGGGACCAGCAACCAUUCUGGCCAUGGUUAAGCUGUUGAACUCGAUGGACACGCCUCCUCUUUAUGCUGUACUCUACAUCUUACAGGCAUUCACUGCUGCAUCUCAGGGACUGCUGAACUGCAUUGUGUAUGGUUGGACACAGAGAACGCUCCGUUACAUGAGACAAAAGGCUCGUCGUGACAUUGAUACACAGACUCCACUCCUCCGUUCUCAAAAGCAAUCAUAUUCUAGCAUGCACAAUUCCAAAGUGAUGAAUGAGUAGAUCAUUACUCCUACUCUCUAAGGGACCUGUUGAGGGAUUAUAGCCAGAACUGCAAUCUUGUCAGUGUCAGAGGAAACAUAUUUGUUAACAUACAGCAUUCAUUCAGGAAGUCUGCAUCAACCUUAAUGCACUGGACAGCAGAACAAAGGAAAGGAAACAAUGGUAAAGGAUGUGUUGUUGCCCAAAUUGUGUAUUGUUGAAAUCUAGGCCAGAGGCAGAAUAUCUGACCCUACAUCUGCUCUGCAAGACUGUGUAAUACAGUAGGAUCUCUUUUCACCUUAGAUUCGAAAUUCAAUCCAGACAAGGGCUUGAGUGCACCAAUGGUUUAGUACCAAUUUUCCCCAUAGUUAGUGGUGAUACUCUCCUAAUUUCCAUUUCAGCAUUGAAAUGGGGAAACCCAGUGAUGUGAAACCUUGGGCAUAAAUCAAGAUUUUGAAACUCUGAUCCUGCACAUCAGAAUCAUCUGAAGUAGAUUAGAUUACUAGAUUACAUUAGAUUACAGUGUGGAAACAGGCCAUUCGGCCCAACAAGUCCACACCG